AUGGGCGACGACAACACCACCAACGUGACGCACGAGGGGCCGCCCUCGAUCCUGUGCACCAAGGAGGAGGGCGGAGUGCUGCUAUUCGCCAGUUCCUAUUUUGAAUACAUUAGGCUGAGCGGUUUUCUAAAAUCUCAGGAUUCUUCUUUCUGUAGAAUUGGGGAGGUGACGUCACAACAGGAUAUAUCUCGUGCAAGGCUAUGGUUCCUUGAGGGCCAGAAGAAGAUCUUGCUUUAUAGUGAGAGAUCUCACUUGUUCCACGGAUACAAGAUCAGGGGAGGACAUCAUUUGGUCGUCUACUCAUUGCCAGGGAGAAAAGAUUUCUAUCCAGAAGUAUGUAUUAACUAG